ACCUGAACAGGUGCUUGAAAAACUGACCACCGCAUGAUAAAAUGGCCUUUGAUUGCACUGAAACAGACAUUAAAAGAAUGCUUCUACUCGUUGGAAUAAUCUUUAUCACAAUGGACAUCACAUCCUGCAAACUUUCAAAGAAAAAAGAAAAUAAUGUUCAAAUUUUCUUGGAAGAUGAAUUGAAGGAAGCAGAAACUAAAGGCAGUAAAUGUUCUCUGAAGAAGAUAAAUGUGAAAAGUGUUAACCAAAUUAGAUGGACUAGAACAGCUAAGGAGGUGAUUCCUUGUGCUAUCAAGCUUCUUACAGACAACAAGAAUGAUGGAUUUCUAUGGUCAGUACUUGGCACUUUGUAUGAUAAUGCAGAUAAGUCAACAGAUGCAAACUUUUGUUUCAAACAAGCAGCCAGAAUAACAGGAAAGAUAACUCCGUUUAUCAAACAAUGGAACUAUUUGGGUCCUUUUGUCAUAGGAAAGACGGAAUUUGAUGGCGACCCUUUAGAGGCAUUUGGGGGAAUCUACAAUGUAUCAAAGUAUAGGGAACACAAAAAUCAAAAGUUUUACUCAGAAUUUUCUCCGGGAGGGGAAAUUACAUGGCAGGUAUAUAACCAAAGACAGCCAAAAGAUGUGAUGAAAAUUGCCCCAACCGUGAACUGGAAUGAAUUAAUCAAUACAUUAAGCUCUAUGGGAAUCACAGAAUGGCAAGGAUGGGUUGUAGGAGAAUUUUCUCUGAAUGACGACAAACAAAAUGUUGCUUUACAAUGUCUUGGCCAUCACACCAUAUAUGUUGAUGGGAUACCAGUCACGGGAGAUGUUUACCAUAGGAACCAGUUUUUCUUCGGCCUUCAACUCAAUAGAGGUUUACAUACAAUUUAUGUCAGACUAAGAGGAAAAGUUGGUGCUAAUUUGAUGUGUAGCCUACAGAUUAAACAAGUCCCUUUUGAAAUUUUGAAUCCUCAUUAUCUACCAGAUAUUGUUGAUGGGCAUGUAUUUGGUAAACAUAUAGCUAUACCAGUUGCCAACUACCAUUUUUCAAAGUGGAUAAAAAUAUCAAAGAUUAAACUAGUUGACCAAUCAGAUGGCAAUGAUAUGAACUUUGAACUGUUGAACCAAGUUCAUAUAGCACCAGGUCAGAUUUUACCUAUAAAUAUUGUUUUCGAAUCGUCAGAGAUAUUGCCAUGUGAAAAUAUACAAUUAAAACUAAAAUUAAUGACUUCAGAAGGAAAUAAAGAUUUUCUAGUGAAUUUGAGGUGUAGAAAAUUAAAAGAAUCCUUUCUGUUUACGUUCCUGGAUCACGAUGGUUCUGUUCAGCAUGCUGCCGCUAUAUAUCCACUGAGUGACUGUAUGGGAGAAUCUUGUCCUGUUGUGUUGACUCUACAUGGAACAACUGUACCACCACAGAACCAGGCAGAUAGCUAUAAAUACAUGGUUGAUAAAGAGUUUGUGUAUGGGGUUAACGGUGCAUGGUUGUUGGCUCCUACAAGGCAUGGCGCUCAUAAUUGGGAAGGUCCAGGAGUACUGACCGCUAUGACGGCUUUAGACACGCUCUCCAAACUCACAGAGGAGUAUUCUUGGUUAACAAUGAAAGCUGAUCAAGAAAGAGUUAUUUUUGCAGGUCAUUCCAUGGGAGGUCAUGGUGCACUUAACUUAGCUACACAUUAUCCAGACAGAGCAUUAGCACUCAUCUCUCUUGCUGGUUGGAUAAAAAAAGAAGAAUAUGGGGAUAGUAACCUGUUCUUUAGACAUGACAUAGCUGCAAGCCAUGUAGACCCAGGUGUCAAGUUUAUCAUGGAAUCCUCUAUCACAGAAAAUGAUGUUGAUAGACAUGUUUCUAACUUGAAGCAUGUUCCUGUGUUGAUCAGAACAGGUGCUGCUGACAAGACAGUACCUCCAUUCUACCUUAGAAGGAUGUAUCGACUAUUAAGGGAGAUAGGGGCUAUGGUUAAUUAUACAGAACCAGAAGGAAAGGAGCAUUGGUGGUGGGAUACUAAAGAGACAAAUGAUGGAGGAGUAGUAAAUGACAAGUACAUCAGAGAUUUCACAGCUAAAGCUCUGGAACAGAAGUUAGGUUACUGUCAUGACGAUAACUGUAAACAAGCCAGUGAUAAUAAAUACAGGAAACAAGAUGGCAGUUUUACUUACACAUGUGUGAAUCCAGCGUUCGGAGAAGGUCUGCAAGGAUUUCAAAUCAUUCAGCAAGUUACACCUUUCAGACUCAGUCAGAUAAAGAUUGUGUGUACAUAUGGUAAUGUGACCUGCAAUAAUAUAACAACAAGUUUGAAUUUAUUUUUCAGGGUUCCUUGA